AUGGCCUCCCGCCGCUUGGCUCUCAACCUCAACCAGGCUCUCCGGAGCCGUGCGGCUCUCAAGUCCAUCCAGCCCGUGAAGCGUGGCUUCGCUUCGCCGGUUGCGCUGCCAUCCACCACCCAGUCUACCACCCUCUCUAACGGAUUCACCAUCGCGACCGACUACUCGCCAUGGGCCCAGACAUCCACCGUCGGCGUGUGGAUCGAUGCUGGCUCCCGGUCAGAGACUGACAAGACCAACGGCACCGCACACUUCCUUGAGCACUUGGCCUUCAAGGGUACCAACAAGCGCUCGCAGCACCAAUUGGAGUUGGAGAUUGAGAACAUGGGUGCUCACCUCAACGCCUACACAUCGCGCGAAAACACUGUCUACUACGCCAAGGCUUUCAAUAACGAUGUCCCCAAGGCCGUCGACAUUCUCUCCGAUAUCCUCCAGAACUCCAAGCUUGAGCCCGCCGCCAUUGAGCGUGAGCGUGACGUGAUCCUGCGUGAGCAGGAGGAGGUUGACAAGCAGCUUGAGGAGGUCGUUUUUGACCACCUCCACGCUACCGCCUACCAGGGCCAGCCCCUCGGUCGCACCAUCCUUGGCCCCAAGGAGAACAUCCAGACCAUCACCCGCGAGAACUUGACGGACUACAUCAAGACCAACUACACUGCUGACCGCAUGGUCCUCGUUGGUGCUGGUGGUAUUCCCCACGAGCAGCUCGUUCGUCUUGCUGAGGAGCACUUCGGUGGCCUUCCCAGCCAGCCUCCCACCUCUGCUGCCCUCGCCAUUGCUGCUGAGCAGAAGCGUACCCCCGAGUUCAUCGGUUCCGAGGUUCGUCUUCGCGACGACACCAUUCCCUCUGCCCACAUCGCUCUUGCCGUUGAGGGUGUCAGCUGGAAGGAUGACGACUAUUUCACCGCUCUCGUUGCUCAGGCUAUCGUCGGCAACUGGGACCGUGCCAUGGGCCAGUCUCCUUUCCUUGGUAGCAAGCUCAGCUACCACGUCAGCCACCACCACUUGGCCAACAGCUUCAUGAGUUUCUCUACCAGCUACAGCGACACUGGUCUGUGGGGUAUCUACCUUGUCUCCGAGAACCUGACCAACCUUGACGACUUGAUCCACUUCACUCUCCGUGAGUGGUCUCGCCUGUGCCGCAGCGUCUCCAGCGCUGAGGUCGACCGUGCCAAGGCGCAGCUCAAGGCUUCCAUCCUCCUGUCCCUUGAUGGCACCACCGCUGUCGCUGAGGAUAUUGGCCGUCAGAUUGUGACCACUGGUCGCCGUCUCACCCCCGAGGACAUUGAGCGUGUCAUCGGCUCCAUCACCGCGAAGGAUGUCAUGGACUUCGCCACCCGCAAGCUGUGGGAUCAGGACCUUGCCAUGAGCGCUGUCGGAAGCAUUGAGGGUAUUCUCGACUACCAGCGCAUUCGCAACGACAUGUCUCGCAACCUGUCUUAA